GCUGGCAACACGGUAUUUAAAUGUCCGCGUCGUUUUGUUGUGGCAUUUGUUCAGAGCGUUCGUUCUGAUCAAGGACUAAUCGAACAGAUUCUAGGUCAAAUCAUGCUUCCACUUAAUCUAGCGAGCCGUGUGGCCUGAACUCGCUCUCUUGCCAGCAGGGGCAUACGGUCUCGCGUGACAUGUAGCACAGUGCGAAUGCGACGCACUGACGCUUCGACACAUGGAGCGCAUUGGCUCGAUCGCGCGGCCGUAGAACAUUAUGUUUUUUCCGGUGACACAAAGAAUGACCGCAAUUUUGCUAGGAGGAUGCCUCGUGAUGAUGAUAGUAGUUGUUUUGAGCUACCGGCAGCUCGUCGCCUCACAGUUGGUCCCAGCAGUGCCUGUACCACACGCCGCUAGUCUGAGCCACGUCACGAGGCAUCAGCAACCUUCCGGUAAACAUCUGAACCCCAAGGACGCAAUCAUAGCCUCAAUGGAAAGCAAGCUGAGAGACCUGGAGGCACGCAUUAAGAAGCUGGAGAACACUGCUCCCAAGGACUUCCCUCUGGUGCGGCAGCUAGACUACCGUGACAAGAAGCGCAUACUGGUGGCCGGAGGCGCUGGCUUCGUGGGCAGUCACCUGGUGGAUGUGCUGAUGCAACAGGGUCACCAAGUCACGGUGCUGGACAACUUCUUCACUGGCAGCAAGCGCAACAUUGAGCACUGGUUAGGACACCACAACUUUGAGCUCAUCCACCACGACAUUGUCAACCCUUUCUUCAUCGAGGUGGACUUCAUCUAUAACCUGGCAUCGCCCGCUUCACCUCCUCAUUACAUGCUGAACCCUGUCAAGACAAUCAAGACAAAUACCUUGGGCACGAUCAACAUGCUCGGACUGGCGAGGCGCGUAGGCGCCCGCCUACUGAUCACUUCGACGUCCGAGGUGUACGGGGACCCCGAGGUGCACCCCCAGCAUGAGGACUACUGGGGCCAUGUGAACCCUAUCGGCCCCAGGUCCUGCUACGACGAGGGCAAGAGGGUGGCUGAAUCCCUCUGCUACGCCUACCAGAAGCAGGAACACCUGGACAUCCGCGUGGCCCGAGUGUUCAACACGUACGGCCCCCGGAUGCACCCCAACGACGGCCGGGUGGUCAGCAACUUCAUCCUGCAGGCCCUGCAGAACGAACCCAUUACGAUUUACGGCAGCGGCAAGCAGACGCGCUCCUUCCAGUACGUGAGCGACUUGGUCGACGGCCUGGUGAGCCUCAUGAACUCUAGCUACACGCAGCCGGUGAACCUGGGCAACCCUCACGAGCACACCAUAGAGGACUUUGCCAAGAUCAUCAAGACUCUAGUCGGAGGAACCAGUAAGAUUGUUUAUACCGAUAAAGUGGAAGACGAUCCACAGAGGAGAAGACCUGACAUCACGCGGGCAAAGACCGAGCUCAAGUGGGAACCAAAGGUUGAGCUGCAGGAUGGCCUGAAGAAGACGGUGGAAUAUUUUAGAGAGGAGCUGAACAAAAAUAGCAAGUCUUUCAGAAAUCCACCAUCAGUGGGUCAAGCUUAGUCAUUCGAGAGUUAAAAACUGCCUUUGAAGAAGUGGACAAUUGGUGGUGGGUGUUUCGCUUGCAUUUUGAACAGGUAUUUAUAGGUGGAGCAAGUUUUCAAUAUCACAUUUGUCCUCGAAGAUUGCCCAAGCAGCUUUGGAGAGCAAGGUUUAUUUUACUUUCAAGUACUGUGCAUAGAUGACCCAUUGAGGCGCACAUCUUUCAUUAGCAUUUUAAUAUGCAGCAUUCGAUCAUAUUCCUUCCCCUAGCAGCAUAUUGUAGAUUUUAUGUAAACAAGUGAUGACUUUUUUCAUGAACAAGAAUUGCGCGAGUUUGAUUCUGAAUUGUAGUAAAUACUGCUUUAUUUAA